CUGUGCAUCUAUGAUAUUUGACAUAGUGUGCCCUCUUCCGUUUGUAGUUGUUUACACACUAUUCUUAAACUUACUGUGAAACAUAACCUCUCUAUCCCUGUGUGGGGAAAGGUUCUGCUUCACAGUAAAGUUAUUAAGUGCACCCGAGACGUUGCUUUGUGUUUUUAGGUGGAGACAGGUGUGUCACUAUUGAGCUGUUCUGCGAAAGGCUGGGAUGAUUCGAAGGUCCUUGUUAGGAGUGCGAGAAUGUAGUCUUCGGUAUCACUACGAGACGUGCAAAUAUUCCCUAAACAGGAUGGAGAGCUGGAUUACUGGCUGUUGUUGUCCCUUAGGACGUGGUAAGCACCGCUUUUAAGGACAAUUUGGGACGACAGUAAAGGCGCCUGAAAACACGUGAUCGCAAGAACCACGAGCUUUAAAAAUGUUUGUUUUCAUGGAGAAACAUGAGGAGCCAAAAUGAUUGUUUGGAUUCGAGAGAGAUGAGGGUGAAGUGAAAGCGCGUUCUCGAUGACUAAUUUCCUGUGGCGAUCGCGGCUAUAAAGCUGGGAGAUGUGCAGAGCUGACGAACAGAACAGCAGUUCGGAGGAAGGCGUCUUUUCGGACUAAUGUGCAAGAUUGAUCAGAAUGUCAGAGAGGAAGAUUUCAUCCGAAUCGUUCAGCUCCGCCGGAUCGGAUUACCCGGAGAGUCCUGAGGACGGGGGAUGUCCAUUUUCGCGGGUGGUGAAUGGGAAGCGCUCAGUUUCAGGAGCUGGCAGCAAGGACGCUGCUCGCAGGCGCGUUAACCUGGACUGUUUGGGAGAGAGCGUCCGGAAACUUGUCUUUCCAACGCCACAGACAUUACAGUGGGCACUGCAGAGGACCUUACAAUACUUUGAGCAACAAGUGAUCAGAGAAUUAAAACGAGAUCCACAACUGUCCAACAGAUGUCCCUUUGCCGAUCACUCUGUCAACGAUGAGCUGGAAGAUGUCUCAGGAAUAUUGCAAUCCUCAGCAAAUGUUCUCGGGUUGGAGAUUGAAGAACUGCAAGGAAAAUUUGGUGAGGAAUUGUUCUGCAUUUGUUUUGAAGAAAAUGAAAGAGUCCUGCGAGCAGUUGGAAGUACACUGCAGGACUUUUUUGUUGGGUUUAAUGCUUUACUGGAACAUGCAAGAACAUCUAAUAGUAAACAUGAUGGAUUUGAAUCCCCUUCUUUCCUAUGCAAAGAUUCAACUGAUGGUACUCUGAUGCUUCAAUACUUUCAUCCACACAAAAUUGUUGGAUUUGCAAUGCCUGGAUUGAUCAAAGCUGCUGCACAGAAGAUCUAUCAGCUGGAAGUUGCUGUGGUGCAGGUGCUCAAUGUCCCUGAAAAGUUAUCCUCAGAUGGCACAGAUCGGAGUAAUUGUCUUACCUUCAUUAUCAAAGUACAUGAUGAUACAGCUAAUAUGAAAAUACUUCCACAGGGUUUAACUCAUUCUCCAUCUGAUCUAAAGAUAAGCAUUGUCACUUUCUGCAGAACUUUCCCAUUCCACUUCAUGUUUGACCCAAGUAUGUUGAUCCUUCAACUUGGAGAAGGACUCAGGAAACAACUGAAAUCUGAAGCUCACAAGAUGCUGAGAUUUCAGGAUUGCUUUGAGAUUAUUUCUCCAAAGAUUUGCUGCAGUUUUCAGAAGAUUCUAUCAAAGCUGGUCACACCAUUUGUCAUUCGCGCCAAGCCAGAGGGAAGUGGACUAGGAGAUCAUGACAAAGUGAUGGAGAUUAAGGGACAAAUGAUUCAUGUGCCUGAAUCAAACUCUGUUCUUUUCCUGGGCUCACCAUGUGUUGACAAGCUGGAGCAAUUAAUGGGACGAGGUUUACAUCUAUCAGACAUACCCAUCCAUGAUGCUACUCGUGAUGUUAUUUUAGUGGGUGAACAGGCUAAAGCCCAGGAUGGCCUGAAGAAGCGCAUGGACAAAUUGAAAGCAACACUUGAAAAAGCACAUCAAGCCUUGGAGGAAGAAAAGAAGAAGACAGUGGACUUACUUUAUUCAAUCUUCCCAGGUGAUGUUGCCCAACAACUGUGGCAGAGAAAAUCAGUGCCGGCAAGGAAAUUUGAUGAUGUUACCAUGCUUUUCUCUGACAUUGUUGGCUUUACUGCCAUUUGUGCACAAUGCACCCCAAUGCAAGUAAUUAGUAUGCUGAAUGAACUGUAUACCAGGUUUGACUACCAAUGCGGAAUCCUGGAUGUAUAUAAGGUGGAAACAAUAGGUGAUGCAUACUGUGUCGCUGGAGGGUUACAUAGAAAAAGCAGCAAUCAUGCUAAACUCAUAGCCCUGAUGGCACUGAAAAUGAUGGAACUAUCUGAGGAGGUGCUGACACCCAAUGGAAAACCCAUUAAGUUGCGAAUUGGGAUCCAUUCUGGUUCUGUACUGGCAGGAGUUGUUGGUGUGAAGAUGCCUCGUUAUUGCUUAUUUGGAAACAACGUGACUCUGGCCAGCAAAUUUGAGUCAGGAAGUCAACCACGGCGCAUUAAUGUCAGCCCCACGACAUACCAGCUAUUAAAAGACGAUGAGAGUUUUAAAUUCAUACCACGCUCCCGAAGUGACCUUCCAGAUAACUUCCCAGAGGAAAUUCAUGGGACAUGUUACUUUCUGGAGGCCAAUGUUUCUCUCGAUUCAUCGAGAAUGAUAAGCAUGUCUGCUUGCACAAGGAAAAUAUCGUACAAUAUUGGGACUAUGUUUCUUCGGGAGACCAGUUUAUGAGAUGACAUGUUCUUGAAAGGAGAUUGGCAGCACAAUGAAUUUGUGGUGAGAAGGACAAGAUAUCACAUAAAGGCUUUCUUAAUAGCUAACCACUUGACUCGAAGUUGAGUCUGGAAAAUUCAGUCCAGAUGUGUUCCACAUUAAUUGAAAGCCAUUUAUUUAAGAUGGGGAAGAAAACAGUAACAAUGUGCGGUAAAUAAUUUGUGUACAACAAAACUGCUUUCAGCUAUUUGGGUGUAUUAGUAGCAACCAUAUGCAGGUGUAUAAGUGUAAUGUUAAACAGUUUUUUUUCUAAAUGGCCAUCAUGUCAUGAGGAAAGAACAUGAUGUUAAAACUAAUAUAUUGUCAUUUUCUCUAUUUAAUGGGAAACCCAUUAUUGUUAGUAUUCCACAAUUGUAUUAACAAAGAGGUAGCACUCAAAGAAAUACUCGGAGGACAAGGGCAGCAAAUACAUGGGAAUUCCACCUCUAACUUCACCUCUACGCUACACACCAUUCUGACUAGGAACUUUAUCACCAUUCAUUCAUUGUCACUGAUUCACAAUUUUGAGUGCAUUUAUACCAUGUAGAUUGCAGCAGUUCAAGAAGGCAGCCAGUGGAUGUAGUAUAUUUGAAUUUUUAGAAUGUUUUUGUUAAUAUCACACACAUAAAAUUAUUAAAUAAAAUUAGAGUGCCUGGGAUUAGGAGUAAUAUACUACUGUGAAAUUAGUUAACAAGUAGAAAACUUAAAUAAAUGGGUCAUUCUCAGGAUGGCAAGUUAUUACUAGUCAUAUUGAAACGUUCAAUGCUGGGGCUACAAAAGUUCACAUAAAUGAAUUGAAAGUGGGAACUAAAUGUAAUUUUUCCAAUUUUCUUUCAUGAUACAAAGUUAGGUGGAAAUGUCAGUUGUGAGGAGGAUGCAACAAAGCUUCAAGGGACUUUGGACAUGCUAAGUAAAUAGGCAAGAUAAUGUUAGAUGGAAUAUAAUAUGAAUAAAUAUGAAAUUUGUCCAUUUUUUGUGGGGAAAAAAUCCUGAAAGACAGAGUAUUUCUUAAACGGUGAAAGGGUGAGAUAUGUUGAUGUCCAAAGAGAUCUAAAUAUUCUUGUUCAUGAGUAACUGAAAGUUAGCAUGCAAGUGUACUAAACAAUUUGAAGGUCAAUUAGAAAUUAGAAGGUAUAUGGACCUUCAUCUUAUGUAAAUUUAAAAUGAAGGCAUUUACAGGAAUAAACAUGUGAUAACUUGCUGCACUGCUAAGUGGCUUGGUGAGACCAUGCCUGGAGUAUUGUGUACAGUUUUGGUCUGCCUAUCUGAGAAAGGCUAUACUUGCCACACAGGAAGUGCAACAGAGGCGUCUGGCAUUAACUGCUGGGCUGAUUGCACUAUUUUACGAGGAGAGAUGGAAAAAACUGGCUGUGCCCCCUAAAGCUUCAAAAAAUGAAAGGUGAUAUCAUUGAAACUUACAGACUUCUUCCAGGGCAUGAUGGGAACCGUAGAGAUAGGCUGUUGACUCUAGACCAAGGGGCAUAGUCUCAGGAUUAAUGAGUAUCACCUUUCAGGAUUCAGAUGAGUAGAAAUGUCCUUGCCUUAGAGAGCUAUGGGAGCUCAAUUGUUGUGCACAUUCAAGACAGAAACCAAUAAAUCUCUUGAUACUGAUGACCUCAAGUAAUGUGGGAAUAUGUGCAGGAAAAUGAGAUUAAGGUAGACGAUCAGUCAUGGUCUAAUGGAAUGGUGAAUCAGAUCGAGAAGUUGAUAUUUCUAUCCUGUGCUUGCUCAUAGAAUCAUAGAGAUAUGCAGCACGGAAAUAAAGGCCCAUUGUGUGCGUGUUGGUCAAAAACAACCACCUAACUAUUGUAUUCCCAUUUUCCAAUACUUCACCCAUAGCCUUGUAUGCCUUGGCAUUGCACGUGCACAUUGAUAUACUUCCUAGAUGUAGACGUACUUUUUCUACUGGUUAAACAACACCUCGAUGUUGCAGUUCUCACUUUUAUACUUUAACAAUGCAAUACAAAUACAAGUUGCUGUUUUUGUUGCUGUAUUAAUACUCCCCUAAUAAAAUAAUCUUAGAGUCAUGAUAGGCCCAAUGGACUGCUUUGGUCCUGUAAACCUCAAUGAUUCUAUGUUUGGAGUUUACUGAUACUCUGGUAGAUGCUGUAAAGACAAUUUUUGAAUCUUUGCCAAAAAAUAUGGUUUAAAAAUUCUAAUUUUCUAACAUCUUCUUUCUAAUAUUUACAGUGCGAUUGUGUCUCUUUAAAGAACGAACAGUAUUUCUUUUCAUGGUUUUCAAAGAGAGAAGCAGACUGGAUUUUUAAAAAAAACUUGGGACCAUAUUGCUUUGCAUUAAUUCAGCAAAAUAAUGACCAUUUGCACUAAUAUAACAUCUUUAAAGUUAAAAAAGGUGUCUCAAGGCACUUCAUUUAGGUGAAAUUAAAAAUGCAUUAUUUCAAAGGUUGACUAAAACUUAAUCGAAGUAGGGUGUUGUGUAGGGGAUCUUACAGGACAGGAAGAUUUAUGAAAGAAAGUUAAAUUGGCCCAAGAUGAUGGCUGUAGUGUGGAGUAGAAAUGAUGGUAAAACAUUUCUUUUUGCUCGAGGCAAAAGGUGAUGGUUUUAGUCUUUACAAUACUUAACUGAAAUAGAGACUAUCCAGUACAGAAUGUUGGAUAAGCCGCUCUUCUAACACAGAAGCAAGAGUUAUUAAUGUGAAUUUGGAUAAAUGUUAAUUUCAGUAGAAGAGCAAAUCAAACAGCAACAUAAGUGCAGAAAAAGAAAUGGAAGCUCUACUGUUCACUGGUGUAGCUUUUUAUUUCAUGUGGAAAUUAUUAUGCCAACUAAUUGGAGCAAUUACUCUGACUUUGGUGGACUGUUUCCUUCUUUGAACAUUCAGAAAAAUAUACAUAUAAUACCUUAUUCAUGAGGGUGAAGGAAGUAUAAAUAACUGUACUUCAAAUGUGGGAACGAUAUUCAGAUAUUCAGCUGGCACAGACAGGAUGGGUUGGAUGGCCUCCCUCUGCACUAUAAAAUUCUAUGAUUCUAUGACAUGAACUUGGGCUUCAUAGAGACUUCAAACAGGCCUAAAACGAAAUAUGUGCCCAAAACACUAGCACACUGGGUUUCAGUUGUUCCAGGGAGUGGCAGUCAUACAAAAAUUGACACUUCAUUUUCUUUUGUAUUGAGCUACACAUUUCUGACAGGUGAUUCUGAUCAUUUUAGAAAUGCAGAAAUACUUUAAAUCUGACAGGUCCCUCAUUAUGCAGGAUAGUCUAUUGACCACUUCCUGACCAAAGAUGUAACCUGAAAAUCUCUCAAAAUGCCAUGAAACUGAGAAAACUUCCUUCUCAAUCAUAGCAUAUUGUAUUUCUGUAUCAGAUAAUGCUCUUGAUGCAUAUUGGAGUGGUUUGCGAUACUCAUCCAGCUGGUCCUGGUAAUAUUCCUAAGCCAGAAGCUGAAACAUUGGCUGCGAUUUUUGCAGGAUAUUGUGUGAAGACAUCUGUAGACAUUAACAUUUCUUGAUGAGGAUUCUAACACCAUACUUGUAUCGUCCUGAGGAGAUGGCUUAGGAGCACUGUAGGUUAGGCAAAAUAUUUUGACAAUUGAUUUAUCAAUCCAAGAAGCUUUGAAAAUCUUGGACUGACUUUCAAGCUGGGAAAUCUGUCUUGGUAUUUCUGAUCUGAGCCAUUAUAUGCCUUCACUGUUGAGAGUAAAUCUCAAGUAAUGAAUGGAUUCUUUGAAGAAUGCACUCUUGUCGGAAAGUGUUAAGGCCUUCCUUUUGGAAAUGUUUUAAAACUGCAUGCGUUCUUUGAUCAUACUCUUCAGUUUUUUCCAAAUUAGUAAAUCAUCCAUCUGGCAAAUGACACUGUGAAGAUCUUGUAAGAUGCUUGACAUUGCUGGAAAAUUUUGGUUGGAAAAUCUCUGGGCCCAAUGCAAUUCCAAAUGGUAAUAUGGUCAACAAAAUCUAUCAAAAGGAGUGAUAAAUAUGUUAAGCAAUAUUGUUUGCUCAUCUAAUGGCACUUGCCAGAAUCCUCUAUUUGUGUCACAUUUUGUGAAAACUCUGCUCUUGGACAGUUUAGCUUGACUCAUCAACCAUGGAUUAAGGGUGAAUUUCUCUCACUACUGCUUUGUUGUGUUAUAUAAGGUCAAUACAAAUACUAACAGUCCCAUUAGGCUUGGAUACCAUAACCAUCUGUCAACCUCCCAGUUGUGUACAAAACUGUAUUUAUUUGUUCAGCUUCUGUCUUAGCUAGAAGCUACUCUAUAUUUCGUAUAUUAUUUUCUCCAUGAUAUCGAAUUUUGUGUUCUAUAUGGCCCCUCUCUGAAAUUAAAUGUUCCUGGCAAUACAAUUUCCAGUGCCACAACUCCUUAAUAUCAUUCAGUACUUUAUCUCCUUUAAAGAUUGUUGAUUUACAGUAAUAGUAGGUCUCCUGGACUUUGCAGCUGUAGUGGAGGUUUUCCCACCUGUGGCUGUAAUUAAGGUUUCCCCCCACUUCAGAGCCUUGCUGUGGCUAUCUCUUGUAUUCUUGGGCGAGAGCACCCAUGUCUGAUUCCUGCCAUCAGGAAAAUUGAUUCUGAUUUAAAGAGAGAAAAAGAAAGGUGUCAGAGUAUGAAUUCUGCCCUCUGGUGACAGGAUGUCAAUUAGGCCCAUCGUGAACAGCUUAAAAUACAUUAUCCCUGAACCUUCUGGCAUUUAAUGGUGGCUCAUGAAUUAAAUGAGAUUCUUUCCUGCUUUGUGAAUGCUGCCCAGCAACCCAUAGAAAUCAUAGGAAUGAUUCAGCACAGAUAGGGACCAUGUUGCUCAUCUUGUUCAUAUCAACCAAAGUCACCCUUUCUAAUCUUCUCAAAACUCGCUAUCACCCUUUCUAAUCCCAUCUUCCUGCGCACAGUCCAUAGCCCAUUUAAGGUGCAGAUUCAGGUAUUUUUAAAAGAGAUUAGAGUCUCUGCUUCAACCACUAACUCAUGAAGCGAAUUUCGAACAUCCAUCCACUCUCUGCAUGCAAAAGCUUUUCCCCAUGUCCCUUUUAAUCCUUCUUUCACUUAGCUUGAAUCUAUGACUCCUGAUUUUUGAACUCUCUGCCAAAAGAAACAGCUUCCUCCUGUCUUCUCUAUAUCUACCCCUCACAAUUUUGUAUACCUCCAACAUGUCACCCCUCAGCAUUGUCUGUUCCAAGGAAAACAUUCCCAACCUCUCCAAUCUCUCCUCGUACAUGCAAUUCUCCAGCCUUAGCAGCAUUCUAGUAAAUAAAGUCAUAGAGUCAGACAGCAUGGAAACAGACCCUUUGGUCCAACCAGUCAUGCUGAACAUAAUCCCAAACUAAACCAGUCCCACCAGCUUGGUCCUGGCACAUGCUACUCCAAACCUUUCCUAUUCAUGUACUUAUAUAAAUGUCUUUUAAACAUCCACCACUUCCUCAAGAAGUUCAUUCCACAUGUAAACUAUUUUCAGUGUAAAAAUUUGUUUCCAUGUCUUUUUUAAAUAUUUCUCCUCCCAUCUUAAAAAUAUGCUCCCAGUCUUGAAAGCUCCCACCCUAGAGAAACGACAACUAUCAUUAACUCUAUCUAUACUCAUUAUUUUAUAAGCUUCUAUAAAAUCGCCUCUCACCCUCCUGCAC